GGCUCGUUUACGCAUCAUUUCAACCGCGGCGGUUUCCAGCAGCGCCAACGAAAACCGCAACUCUGGCGCGAGGGGGGAAACCGUGGCGUAACGUAGAUUGCAAAGGGGAAUCAGAAUUGGCGUCCUCGUGCCUGCCAACGAAAGCUUGUCCUCUGGGGCGUGCGUAUUUUUAUUUACGUCAAAAUGUGUUCAUAGAGCGUUCAUACCAAUUUGACGCAAGAUCGCGUGCGCAGCGAUGACUUCAGCAACCCAGUCGGAGACGAGGAAGUUCACGCGCGGUCUGGGCAAACCGGGGACAGCCGCCGAGUUGCGGCAGAGCGCGUCCGAGGUUGCGAGGACCUCGGUGCUUGUGGUGAAGCCGAAGGUGGUGGAGCCACUGGACUACGAGAGCGUGCUGGUGCAGAGGAAGACACAGAUCCUGAGCGAUGUCCUGCGUGACAUGCUCCAGUUCCCCGUCGACGACUUUCAGAUGGCGACUGUUCCACGGCAGGGACGUACACUGCAGCCCACGGUCCCCAGGGGAGCAGAGCAGAGCGCCUCUAGCCUGUUCGCCCGGGAGUGCAUUAAAACCUACAGCUCAGAUUGGCAUGUGAUUACCUACAAGUAUGAUGACUACUCUGGAAACUUCCAUCAGCUGCCUAAUAUAGCGCCCCGGCCGGAGAAGCUGCCCGCUCACGUGUUUGAGGUGGACGAGGAUGCAGACAAAGACGAGGAUACAGCCUCUUUGGGAUCUCAGAAAGGGGGCGUGUCAAAACAUGGAUGGCUUUACAAAGGCAACAUGAACAGUGCUAUUAGUGUCACAAUGAGAUCUUUUAAACGGAGAUAUUUCCAGCUGGCCCAGCUGGGGGAUGGAUCAUAUAAUCUUAACUUCUAUAAAGAUGAAAAAAUCUCCAAAGAACCUAAAGGGACCAUCUUUCUUGACUCUUGCAUGGAGGUUGUACAGAACAGUAAGGUGCGGCGUUUUGCCUUUGAGCUGAAGAUGCAGGAUAAGGGCUCGUACGUGCUGGCGGCUGACAGUGAGGUGGAGAUGGACGACUGGAUCAGCAACCUCACCAGAACCCUGCACUGCGGGGCUGAGCCGAGCCUGCAGGAGCGCAGGAACGGGCAGCCUCCUGAUGAUGAUGACCUGGGAAAGUCAGACAUCUCUGGGAAUUUUCAAGACAGUUUCCAGAGUGCGAGAGAUGUUGAGUUCAAGAUGCGCAGUGACGCUCGACAGAAACUGUUCAGCCUUGACCCAGACACGCAGCGUCUGGAUCUGUCAGGCAUUGAUCCGGAUGUAAAACAGUUUGAGGAGAAGUUUGGGAAGAGAGUUCUGGUCACCUGCAGCAAUCUGUCAUUGAACUUACAGAGCUGUGUGUCUGAGAAUGAGGAAGGACCUACUACCAACGUAGAGCCGUUCUUCGUGGUGCUCUCGCUCUUUGACGUGCAGAACAGUAGGAAGAUCUCUGCUGAUUUCCAUGUAGACCUGAACCCCCCAUUGGUGCGUGCUAUGAUGGCCCCGCCCAGCGCGGCUGUCAAUGGGGUGAUGGACACGCCCCCCACCCUCACACUCGAAGGGGCGCUGCAGUACCCCACGCAGGGUGUGUUCUCAGUCACCUGUCCGCACCCUGACAUCUUCCUUGUGGCUCGAAUUGAAAAAGUGUUGCAGGGGAGCAUCACACAGUGUGCUGAACCUUAUAUGAAGAACUCAGACUCCAGCAAGGUGGCUCAGAAGGUGCUGAAGAAUGCCAGGCAGGUCUGUAGCAGGCUGGGCCGGUACAAGAUGCCGUUCGCUUGGGCAGCAAGGCCCGUGUUUAAAGAUGCCUCAGGAACUCUGGACAAUAGUGCUUGCUUCUCUGCGCUCUACCGACAGGACGCCAGUAAGCUGCUAGACGAGAACCUCUUCAAACUGCUGGCCGACUUCAGGAAACCUGAGAAGAUGGCCAAACUUCCUGUCAUUCUGGGGAACCUGGAUGUGACGAUCGACAACGUCGCUCCUGACAUUGCCAAUUGUGUCACGCCCUCCUACAUCCCUGUGCGACCCUAUGAGAGUGAGGGGUGUGGCCGCGCACCUCUGUUAGAGGUGGAGGAGUUUGUGCCACCGAGUGCCAAGUGCUCGCAGCCGUUCAUCACCUACAACAACCACCUCUACGUCUACCCCAAACACCUCAAAUACGACGGCCAGAAGUCCUUCGCCAAGGCGCGGAACAUCGCGGUGUGUGUGGAGUUGAGGGAUUCUGAUGGGGACGACACCGAGCCCCUGAAGUGUAUCUAUGGUCGUCCAGGAGACCAGCUCUUCUGCACACACGCCUAUGCAGCAGUGUUGCACCAUCACCAGAGCCCAGAGUUCUACGAUGAGAUCAAGAUGGAGCUCCCCACUCAGCUCCAUGAGAAACACCACCUACUCUUCACCUUCUACCACAUCAGCUGUGACAGCAGCACCAAGAAGAGGGAUGUGUUGGAGACAGCAGUGGGUUCUGCCUGGUUGCCCUUGCUCAAAGAUGGCCGAGCAGCCAUGAGUGAACAGCAGCUUCCUGUAGCAUGUAACUUACCUGCGGGCUACCUGAGCUCUCAGGAUGAGCGAAAUAAGCACUCCAGUCCGGAGGUGAAGUGGGUGGAUGGAGGUCGUCCCCUCUUCCGAGUGUCCACACACCUGGUCUCCACAGUCUACACUCAGGAUCAGCACCUGCAUAAUUUCUUCCACCACUGCCAGAAGAUGGCACCCGGAUCUGAACACGCCCCGGAAGCUGAGCUGGUGAAGUACCUCAAGAGUCUCCAUGCCAUGGAGGGUCAUGUGAUGAUUAACUUCCUGCCAACCAUCCUCAACCAGCUGGUGCAUGUUCUGACUACGACCCGUCAGGAAGACGUGGCAGUGAACACCACCAGGGUGAUGGUUCACAUCGUGGCCCAGUGUCAUGAGGAGGGCCUCGAACACUACCUCAGAUCCUAUGUGAAGUAUGUGUUUAAGGCUGAAACCUGCUCAACAGCCAGCGACAAGACGGUGCACGAGGAAAUAGCCAAAGCGAUGACCGCCAUCUUGAAGCCUUCUACGGAUUUCCUCACCAGCAACAAACUCCUCAAGUACUCCUGGUACUUCUUCGAGGUCUUAGCCAAGUCUAUGGCUCAGCAUCUGUUGGAAAGCGGCAAAGUCAAACUCUCCAGGAACCAACGCUUCACCGCUCCCUUUCACCAUGCCGUGGAGACGCUGGUGACCAUGGUGGGGCCCCACAUCACUCAGAAGUACAAAGACAACCUGGACGCCACCCGGAAUGCCAACCACAGCCUGGCCGUCUUCAUCAAGCGCUGUUUCACAUUUAUGGACCGCGGCUUUGUCUUCAAGCAGAUCAGCAACUACAUCAGCUGCUUCGGACCUGGGGAUUCUAAGACGCUGUAUGAGUUUAAGUUUGCCUUCCUGAGGGUGGUGUGUAACCACGAGCAUUACGUGCCUCUCAACUUGCCCAUGGCCUUUGGGAAAGGCAGGAUAAUGCGAUUCCAAGACCUACAGCUAGACUACUCCCUGACGGAUGACUUUUGCAAGAAUCACUUCCUGGUCGGGCUCCUGUUGCGGGAGGUGGGCGGGGCCCUGCAGGAGUUUAAGGAGAUCCGGCAGAUAUCCAUACACGCGCUCAAGAGCCUGCUGACCAAACACGCCUUCGACGAUCGCUAUGCCUCCAAGAGUCAGCAAGCCAGAUUAGCAACUCUCUACUUGCCUGUGUUUGGACUGCUUCAAGAGAAUGUUCACAGACUCAACCAAAACUGGAAAGAUGACCCUCUCUCAAGCAUUGCCACGGCAACUCAGCACAAGCCUGCUGGAACCUUCGACAGCAGUCUGCACAAGGAUGUGUUUGGAGUCAUCUCUGGCACGGCCUCCCCCCAUGUGUCCACACCCAACGUCUGCGUCCGCCACGCUGAAUCCAGAGGCUCCCUGGUCAGCACCGACUCAGGGAACAGCCUGCUUGACAGGAACAGUGAGAAGACCAGCUCUUUAGAUAAGAUCCAGUCUGCCUCUGCUCUUGGGAGUUCCGUUCUAUGCUGUGACAAACUGGACAGAGAGGAAAUCAAGAAUCUACUUAUGUGUUUUUUGCAUGUGCUCAAGAGUAUGUCUGAAGACGCGUUAUUCACCUACUGGAACAAAGCUUCUCCCUCUGAGCUGAUGGACUUCUUCACUCUGCUAGAGGUCUGUCUCCAUCAGUUUAGGUACAUGGGGAAGAGGUUCAUCACCAGGAGCCAGGAAGGGGUGGGAUUUACAGCUGCAGACAGGAAGUCGUUGACACUCCCUGUGUCUCGUAACAGAGCGAGCGUUAUACACACACGCUUACACCAGCUCGGAAGCUCGGAGAGUGCGCACACUUUUAACCACACGUGUGGCCAUGGCGACGCUGACGCAUGCCUGUUGGAGGCUAACGUCUCCACUGAGGUCUGCCUGACAGUGCUGGACACUCUCAGUGUCUUCAUCAUGGGGUUUAAGACGCAGCUGUGUGCCGAUAUGGGUCACAAUGUGCUGAUGAAGAAGGUCUUCCGGGUGCACCUGUGCCUCCUGCAGAUCUCCCAGUCAGAGGCGGCAUUGAAACAUGUCUUCACUUCACUGAGCACCUUCAUAUACAAGUUCCCGUGCACAUUUUUCGACGGACGGGCAGAUAUGUGUGCCUCGAUGUGUUACGAGAUCCUGAAUUGCUGCAACUCCAAGCUGGGCUCCACCCGCAGUGAGGCAGCCCACCUGCUCUACUUCCUCAUGAAGAGCAACUUCGAGCACACGGGCAGGAAGUCCUUCGUCCGCACGCACCUGCAGGUGGUAAUAGCGGUAAGUCAGCUGAUCUCUGCCGUGGUCGGGAUGGGCGGGACGCGGUUUCAGCACUCUCUGUCCAUCAUCAACAACUGUGCCAACAGUGACAAGAGUAUAAAGCACACUGCGUUCUCCUCCGACGUGAAGGACCUGACCAAGUGCAUCCGCACGGUGCUGAUGGCCACGGAGCAGAUGAAGGAGCACGAGAACGACCCCGAGAUGCUGGUGGACCUGCAGUACAGCCUGGCCAAGUCCUACGCCAGCACGCCGGAGCUGCGCAAGACCUGGCUGGACAGCAUGGCCCGCAUCCACGUCAAGAACGGCGACCCAUCCGAGGCAGCGAUGUGCUAUGUGCACGUGGCAGCACUGGUGGCAGAGUACCUGAAGAGGAAAGGAAUGUUCUGGCAGGGCUGUUCAGCGUUCCGUGUCAUCACUCCCAACAUCGAAGAGGAGGCGGCCAUGAUGGAGGACGUGGGCAUGCAGGAUGUUCACUUUAAUGAGGAAGUCUUGAUGGAACUCCUGGAGGAGUGUUCUGACGGGCUGUGGAAGGCUGAGAGGUAUGAGCUGAUCUCAGACAUCUACAGACUCAUCAUCCCAAUCUAUGAACAACGCAGGGACUUUGAGAAAUUGGCCCAUCUGUAUGACCGGCUACAUCGGGCCUACACCAAAGUGAUGGAAGUGAUGCAUUCUGGGAAGAGGCUGCUGGGAACGUUCUUCAGGGUGGCCUUUUUUGGUCAGGGGUUCUUUGAAGAAGAGGAUGGGAAGGAGUACAUCUAUAAGGAGCCCAAGUUCACGCCUCUCUCGGAGAUCUCCCAGCGCCUGCUCAAACUCUACUCUGACAAAUUUGGAGCAGAGAAUGUCAGAAUGAUCCAGGACUCUGGAAGGGUGAACCCCAAGGACCUGGAAGCCAAGUUUGCCUACAUCCAGGUCACGCACGUGACCCCCUACCUGGAGGAGAAGGAGCUGGAGGAGAGGCGCACUGACUUCGAGAGGAGUCACAACAUCCAGCGCUUUGUCUUCGAGACACCAUUCACCGCGGACGGCAGGAGACAUGGAGGCGUGGAUGAGCAGUGCAAAAGGAGGACAGUACUCACCACCACUCACUGCUUCCCGUACGUGAAGAAGCGAAUAGCCGUGAUGUAUGAGCACCACACAGACUUGAGUCCCAUCGAGGUGGCCAUCGAUGAGAUGAGCAGCAAAGUGUCUGAGCUGCGAGCUCUGUGUGCCGCCCCUGGCGUUGACAUGAUACGGCUCCAGCUCAAACUGCAGGGCAGCAUCAGUGUACAGGUCAACGUUGGACCACUUGCAUAUGCGCGAGCGUUCCUCGAUGACGCCCCUGCCAAGAAAUACCCCGACAACAAAGUCAAACAGCUCAAAGAUCUCUUCAGGCAGUUCGUGGAGGCCUGUGGCCAGGCGCUGGGAGUGAAUGAGAGGUUGAUAAAGGAAGACCAGCAGGAGUAUCAUGAUGAGAUGAAGACUAGUUACAGAGACCUGACCAGAGAACUCUCGCUCAUCAUGCAUGAGCAGAUCUGCGCUGUGGAAAGCAACACAAAGAACGCUCUCUCCGGUUCACUGCGCGUCUACCGCAUCAUUAGUGGUGUCCCCGCCAUAUGACCUUUGACCCUAGACUUUUGGUUCUGAGCUGUUCGAUAGAGAAAGAGGGAUGGAAUUUGAAGAAAUAAAAACUACACGGUCUUGCUAGUUUGCAACAAGGGAACUGUCCUGUCUUCCCUGCCGUCAGGAAUGCGAUGUCUCUUCGACGUCUCCGGGCUUGGAGUGACAGUUCCUAUCCUUCCAAAGUGUUUUGUUUUUUUGUUUUUUUUCUCUCAUUGUGCUCACGUCUGUUGAGUCCCACAGCAGGAUCAGCCAAACCAAAGGCCAGCUGAGAGUCAGGUGUGACAGGACGACAGAUCAGGACGGCGCAGUUCUUCACUGACCCGGUGACUUCAAACCGUUCAGAUGCUGAUGCCAAUGCGCAGAAUCUAAAUGCUACCAAAGAAAGUGCCCACCACCGCAUGCUGAAAUGCCCGAGACAUGAUCGAAUACCAAGAACCGACCCGACGCCAAUCCACGCCAAUCCUUGACAUCUUCCUCUGUUCUUUGAGCCCUGUUUGAGUCGCUUUUUCAAGACUACAAACCCAGAUCAGAAAGAGGAUUUUGAAGACCGUGAUUUGACGGCUGAUGACUUGCAUUUCCCGGUUACUUUGAGCACACUUGAUUCUGAGUGAACAUUCAGUGAGUACAGAACUUGCUGUAAUGCUCAGUUCCAGAAUCAGUUUGUCCAACAGAGCUCGGUGAAAUCUCCACCCCCUACAUUCACAUUUACAUUUACGGCAUUUAGCGUACGCUCUUCUCCAGAGCAACUUAAAGUGCUGUCAUGUCCUCAUAGAAUACAUCAUAGCCAGUACAGUAGGUUAGAGACCAAGAUACCAAUGAACUAGAAUACUGUUGAAAUUCAGGGAUCAGUGCUGAUGCCUAGAAGUGCAAAAUGCAUAUAAGCUCUAUAACAGAAAACAAGUGCAAUACACAGUACCAGACAAUAAGCACUAGUUUCAGUUAAUCAACACAGGUGCAGGGUCAGUGGUCAUUUAAAUAUUCCACGAAUAGACGGGUCUUCAGUCUGCGUUUGAAGACUACAAGGGACUCUGCUGUCCGGACAGCCAGCGGAGGUUCGUGCCACCAUAGAAAAGUCUAUAGGCAUGGCGUAUCAAGCAGAGUCGCACUCGAGGUUCGACGCACCUGAGGUACAUUUCGGGCUGUCGCCAUUCCCCAACAUGGGGGAGAUCCACCCUGACUCGCGCCUCCACCCAAGCAGACAUCCACACCAGUCCAGCACCAUCCAGUCAUCCUCUCCAACUCAGAGGAUCAUUUUUAGUUCUGCUCAUCCAAACGUUUAAAAGCAAAGGAGGAACUGCCGUUGUGAAGUGUGCUCUACAGUAGAUAAGGAGUGCGAGAUAUUUAUAUAUAUAUCUCGUCCUGCAUCCUCCAUGUAUUUAAUCAGUGAUCUCUUGCCAAAGAAGGGGACAAGCUGUAGGAAUAAAUUCAUAAAGGUGACUGAUGUUAGGACUUUUAUAUCUUUGUUUAUUAGUCAUGUAAAUUGAUUUGUAUUUCGGACGUUUUGUGAGGUGGAAGUAUUUUUAUUUAACAGUAUGUCAUAGUCCUUGAUUUGUGUAUGUAAUAUAUUAAUGUCCUGAAAGUCUUUUUAAUUAAAAUCAUUGUCCUACAACA